AUGACAGGACACAAACUAACGCGAGUGUUUCUGCUGACAUUGGCCGCCACUACAGUCUGUAGCCUUGCGAGAACAAGUAACAAUUUCUUCGGUCGGGAAUUAUUUGGAGUAAAGACGCCAUAUCUGUGGUCCCGACAGAACAUGGAUAUGUCUGAUCUGACGUCAGCACAAUACAACGGACAAACAUGUCGUGCCGUGUAUGUGGACGGGUUGUACAGACAUGGUGCACGUUAUCCGUUGCUGGAAUCCAUUAACCGGAUGAAUGAACUACGCACGCUCUUAAGUACCGGAGGUGGCAUUAAUCAGUUCGUGUUGGAUUGGGUAAAUGCCUUCACAGAUGACAAGCAAGCUCAGCUGUCUGCUCUUGGUCAGCAGGAAAUGACGGUUCUCGGAGAGAGACUUAGCUCCCGAUACCAAAGUCUCCUCAAUGGUCAAAAUGACAAAAUAAUGUUUUACUCGUCCAAGAAGGAUAGAACCAGAGACAGUGUGACCUAUUUUCAGAAGGGACUGGGUGAUAAACUCGGCACUAACAUCUCCAUACCGGUCACUCUUGACAAUCUGAUGUUACGAUUCUACGACACUUGUAAAUUGUACCAGAAUCUCAUGAACAAGGAUGAGACAUUCGAAGAAUACGACAAAUUUCUGCAUGGACCCGAAAUGACCAAAGUGGUAUCCGAUGUCAACAACGCCGUUCUCAGCGGCCACUUCAACCUGUCGGUUUAUCAGGUGAUGAUGAUUAAAAAGAUAUGUGUGUACGAGCUCGCCUUCUUCAACUCGUCCGACUGGUGUAGCUACCUCAGUAUUCCGGAGCUGGAGGUGAUGGACUACGCCGGGGAUAUAAAGAGUAACAUUAUAGGCGGAUAUCGACACAAGAUCACUGCUCAGAUGUCGUGUCCUCUCUUCAGGAACAUAUUAGAACAGAUGGACAAAGUGGUCAGGGGUUCUGUUGACAGAUCUGUAGCCUCGUUCCGGUUUACGCAUGUGGUGCCGGUUUUCUCCAUGUACACUGCAUUGGGUCUUUUUAACGGGUCCAACACUUUUCUCGCCACGGACUAUUUGGCUAAUGCCGACCGACAUUUUCGAGCUAGUAUCAUACUUCCGUUCUCAGCUAAUCUUGUCAUCACGUUGUACAAAUGCGGCACGGAUUACAUGGUCAAGAUGCUGGUCAACGAGGAGGAAGUGGACAUCCCGGCGUGUGGUGCCAGUAUGUGUCCCUAUAGGACAGUGAAGGAACACUAUAGACAGUUUAUCAACUGUGACUAUGAUGACAUUUGUGAGAAUUCUGAUACCAACACAGGGACGAGAACAAAGACUGCGGUGUUUGUACUGGUUUUCUCCUUUGUACUCGCCCUUCUGUAGUUCACUCAAGGUACAUAUCUAUGACCUUGCCAUGAAUGAUAAAUUAUUAAGUGAUUUACAUAAGAAAGUUAUAUUUGUAUAAUGACCCUAUACAGUAAAUAUGCCAUAAAGUUUAUUGUGUCUCUAUACAGCAAAUAGGUCAUAUAGUCUAUUGCGUCUCUAUACAGCAAAUAUGCCAUAAAGUUUAUUGUGUCUCUGUACAGCAAAUAUGUCAUAUUGGCUAUUGUGUCCCAAUAUCGUAAUUGAAUAAUUGUGUUCUAAUACCGUCAAUGUAUCUCGUAGUUUUUUUUGUGUGUCAAUACGAUCAGUGUUUCUUGCAGUUUGUUUAUUGUAUCCCAAUAGAUAAAUGCGCUAUGUGGUUAAUUGUGUCCCAAUACGAUCAAUGUGUCUUGUGGUUAGUUGUGUCCCAAUACGAUCAAUGUGUCUUGUGGUUAAUUGUGUCCCAAUACGAUCAAUGCGCCUUGUGGUUAAUUGUGUCCCAAUACGAUCAAUGUGUCUUGUGGUUAGUUGUGUCCCAUUACGAUCAAUGCGCCUUGUGGUUAGUUGUGUCCCAAUACGAUCAAUGUGUCUUGUGGUUAAUUGUGUCC